AUGCCAUUGAGAGGCACAACCCAUUCACAUCUCGUCGGUAACGAGGCACCGUACUUUCAGACUCUGCAAGCACUCGACGAUUGGGCAUCCACACCCACCGCAAAGCUCACGGGAUGCUUGCCUUACAUACCUAGAUCUGAUGUUCAAGCGUCUUCAGAGCAGCGUGGAAAGCUUUUGGUCUGCCACGACUACAAGGGCGGAUACACGGAGAAACCAGAUGCUCUAGCAUAUACUUUUAAUUUCUGGUCUCAUUGCGAUACUUUCAUCUACUUCGCUCACAACAGGGUCACCAUCCCUCCUUCGGGAUGGAUCAACGCUGCACAUCGCCAGGGCGUCAAGAUGCUUGGCACUUUGAUAUUCGAGCACGCGGAGAGCGAGGCAGACUGUCUGAGGCUCCUUGUCGGACGUCUGCCGCAGUCCACGUCCGGCCCCGCUCGUCCCAGUCCCGCCAACUCCUUGCCUGCGUCCUCGCAUUAUGCGCGUCUCUUGGCGAACCUAGCUUACCAAAGAGGCUUCGACGGCUACCUGCUGAACUUUGAAGCUCCGCUGCGCGGAGGAGUGGAGCAGACCAGAGCGCUCACGCUGUGGAUCGGUUUGCUCGAACGAGAGCUAAAACGACUAGUUGGAGAGCAUGCCCAGGUCGUAUGGUACGACAGCGUCAUCAUCAAUGGGCAGCUCCGAUGGCAGGACAGGCUGAACGCUUUUAACCUCCCGUUCUUCUUACCUUCAACCUCGUUCUUUACGAACUACACCUGGCCGCCUCAGUACCCCUCGCUCAUGGCUCAAUACUUCCUGACACUGGAUAUCCAACAAGCAGACUCCAAGGCGAAGCAGCUCCGCGACAUCUUCGUCGGAGUCGACGUCUGGGGGCGGAACCAGCACGGUGGCGGCGGGCUGUCCUGCUACAAGGCGCUCACGCACAUCGAUCCGCAGUUCCUCGGGCUCAGCGUCGCGCUCUUCGGCCAGGGCUGGAGCUGGGAGAGCGAGCAGGACAAGCCCGGCUGGAGCUGGGACGCGUGGUGGGCGUACGAGCGCACGCUCUGGGUCGGGCCCGCGGAUCCAGCCGACACGCCCGACGUCGAAGACCCGCACCCGCCCGGGCACACCAACUCUACGUGCGCGCACGGCCCGUACAAGCCCGUCACCUCGUUUUUCGCGCUCGAGCCGCCACCGAACCCGGCGCGGCUCGCGCUCUUCACGAGCUUCUCGCCCGGCGUGGGCCGCGCCUGGUUCGUCGAGGGCCGCAAUGUCUGGGACGCGGACGGUGCCGCGGGGUGGACGGACCUCGACAAGACGUGUGCGCUCGGCGACCUGCUCUGGCCGCGUCCCGCGCUCGCCUGGCACGACGCCGAGCGUGCCGAGGCACUCCCCGCCGCGCUGCCCGCCGUGACGAUGGACGACGCCUGGCUCGGGGGCAGCGCCGUGCGCCUCAUGCUCUCCGUAUCCGGCUCCGCCGCCGCGGAUGCCUUCUUUCGCUGCCUCUGGCUUCCCGUGCAGUCGCUCGCAGUCACGCCCGGCAUGCCCUACAUCCUCACGCUCGUCUACAAGGAGGACUUCGCGGCACACGGCGCCGAGGGCGACAUCGGCCUCCUCGUCAAGCCUCUGCACGCUCCCGACGACGACAUCGAGGUCACGCCGCUCGCCGCCGAGUGCGGCGAGCUUGCACACGACUGGCGCCGCCUCUCCGUGCGGCUCGUCCUCCCCCUGCCGCCCCCUACCGGCGCACCCACACGCGACGUCGCGUGCGCCGUGGGCCUCGUCCUCGGCUUCGCGACCGAGGACCCCACGCAGCCGCUGCAGCUCGGGGUCACACUCGGCGCGCUCGCCGUGCAUCCCGCGCUCACACCGUCCGGCGCGCAGGCGGACGCGCGGCUCAUCUGGGCCGACUUUGCGCGUGCGUCGUCCCCGCCCCCGCCCUCGUCAGCGAGUACCGCCGGCCCCGUGACGCGCUUCGCCGGGGUACUCACCUGGGAGGUCGGCGAGCACCUCGGGCCACUCGCGAGCAUCACGCUCGCGGGCCCCGACGACCCCAAGCCCGCGUGGCCCUCGGGCGCGCGAGCCCCCGCCUUCGCAUAUUUUAACGUGUACGUGAUACCGCACAAGGGCGAGGGCGUCGCGCUGCGGCCCGAAGAUGCCGCCUUCAUCGGCACAACGGGGCUCGACGGACGGGCAAACAGGUUCUACGUCGACCCCGCUUGCCUGCCGCGCGAGCUGGACAACGCCAAGGGCGCGCGUUUUUACGUCCAAGGCGUUACGGACCGGGCGACGGUGCUUCGCUGGGAGGACUGUGUCUAUGUCGACGUCUCACCGUAG